UGUCAAAAUUUAAAAGUAGGAAGAAGGUUUUGCGGAGCAUUUUGCCGCUAGUGCUGCACCUCAGUAUUGACUGUGGGUGUCCUAGUUAACAAUCACAAUGGACGACGAAUCUGCUGUUAAGGUUUGUGUGAGGGUUCGCCCAUUGAUACAGAGAGAACAAGGCAGCACAGAAGCUACAGACCUGCUCCCUGUGCAUUGGAAAGCUGAGAAACGGGCCAUCCAUCAAGUGGAUGAGGGCUGUAUCACCAAGACCUUUAAUUUUGACAGAGUGUUUAGCACUGUUGAAACAACGAAACAGCUGUACCAAGAGGUCGCCAAGCCCUUGGUUGUGUCCAGUGUUCAGGGUUACAAUGGAACGAUAUUUGCAUAUGGACAAACGUCUUCAGGAAAGACCUUCACUAUGAUGGGGAGUAGUCAUAUGCAUGGCGUGAUCCCGCUGGCCAUGGAGGACGUCUUCCAGACCAUCAAAAACUGCCCAAAGAAGGAGUUCCUUUUGCGGGUGUCCUACAUGGAGAUCUACAAUGAGACCGUCACUGACCUGCUUUGUGACAGCUGGAAGAGGAAGCCUUUGGAGAUUCGUGAAGGGAACUAUAAAAAUGUCUAUGUGGCCGACCUGACAGAAGAAUUGGUUACGUCUGCUGAUCAAGCCCUUGCCUGGAUCAGGAAAGGCGAAAAGAACCGGCAUUAUGGGAAGACCAAGAUGAACCAACGCAGCAGCCGUUCUCACACGAUUUUCCGCAUGAUUCUUGAAAGCCGUGAGAGGAGUGACCCAGCCUCUGGAGAGAAUGCUGAUGGUGCCAUCAUUGUGUCUCACCUGAACCUGGUGGACUUGGCAGGGGCGGAGAGGGCCAGCCAGACCGGAGCUGAGGGUGCCAGGCUUAAAGAAGGCUGUAAUAUAAACCGCAGCUUGUUCACACUUGGGCAGGUUAUCAAAAAGCUGUCUGAAGAAAGCCAAGGGGGCUUCACUAACUACAGAGACAGCAAACUCACUCGCAUUCUGCAGAACUCCCUGGGUGGCAAUGCGAAGACGGUCAUCAUCUGCACUAUAACCCCGGCCACCGUUGAUGAGACACUCAGUACACUGCAGUUUGCCAGCACAGCAAAACGAAUGAAGAAUGACCCACACGUCACAGAGGUGUCGGAUGAUGGGGCUCUUCUCAGAAGGUACCGGAAUGAGAUCGUGGAUCUUAAGCGUCGUCUGGAAGAGGUCUCCACAGUCACACGGACAGCCGAAACUGAGAAGGAGGUCCUGGCUCAGCUACUGCAAGAGAAGGAUCAACUGCAGAGAGAGCAGGAGGACCGGAUCAGGAACCUGACAAACAUCAUUGUCACCUCCGCAGAGUUUGUUGCUGUUGAGAAGAAGGUGCCAAAGCGCAGGAUGACCUGGGGAGGGAAGCUGCUGCGGCCACCACUGGAAGCCCAGAGCUGUGCUGACAGCGAACUGAGCUUUGCUGAGCCGUCUCUUAAGAGGAGGAGGGCAGAGCUGCAGUCCCUGGCGGAGGCAGAUGAGGCAGAAGGGGAUGAGUUCGACUCCCGAUGGGGAAAUCUUGAGCAGCCAGGAUUAGAUGGGGACAUGAACCAGAGUAACGUAACCAUUCGCAGCUUUUAUGAUGGAGAGUUGUUCUCCUCUCCUUGUUUGAAUGAGCUGUCUGAGAAGGUGGCUGGUUUGGAGCUACAACUUAAGAUUGAGGCUCAGGAGAAGCAGGUGGCCCUGGAGACCAAGGCUGCUUUGGAGAGCAGGUUGGCUGAGGUAGAGCUCAAGAAGCAAGAGCAGGUGGCUUCUUUGGAGGUCAGACUGGCUGAGCUGGAGGCUGAGGUCCUGGAGAAACGAGAAGCCGUGGAGACCAGAGCUGCUCUGGAGGGGAGACUGGCUAAGCUGGAGGCUGAGGUCCUGGAGAAACGAGAAGCCAUGGAGACCAGAGCUGCUCUGGAGGGGAGACUGGCUGAGCUGGAGGCUGAGGUGCUGGAGAAACGAGAAGCCGUGGAGACCAGAGCUGCUCUGGAGGUCAGACUGGCUGAGCUGGAGGCUGAGGUCCUGGAGAAACGAGAAGCCGUGGAGACCAGAGCUGCUCUGGAGGUCAGACUGGCUGAGCUGGAGGCUGAGGUCCUGGAGAAACGAGAAGCCGUGGAGACCAGAGCUGCUCUGGAGGUCAGACUGGCUGAGCUGGAGGCUGAGGUCCUGGAGAAACGAGAAGCCAUGGAGAUUAAAGUAGCUGAGCUGCAAUGCCAACUGGACAUGAGUGCACAGUGUCUACCAAAGCCCUCCCAGGAGCAGUAUAAAAAGGACCUUGGGGAGACCAUUCAGCUCUGUGAGGCCCUGGUCUCCGAGAAGGAAGCCAUAGAAGUGCAGCGUAACCUUGCCAUACAGGAGUGCGUCAUCUUGAAGGAAGAGAAUCGCACCCUGUCGCAGGUUAAGGAGAGCCUUCUUAGGGAGGUGCAGGAGAAGCAGGAGCUGGAGGAGUUCAGCGCUCUUGAGCAGGAGAGCACAAAGCAAUACGAGACUGAACUAAAGGAUGAGAUCGCCCGCCUCCAGAGUGCACUGCAGCUCUCUCUGACACGGGCAGCGGAGCUGGAGGCCUGGACAGCCUCCCUGUCCACUGAGCUGAAGCAGAAGGACGAGCGAAUUAAGGAGCUGCAGAAUCUGAGCGGCAAAGACCUGGUCCAGCAGGUGGAGGAGCUGAGUCGGUCGCUAAGCGAUGCAGAGGGGGUCAGCCGUGAUGCUAAACGGGACUGGGCAGUCCUGAGGAGUGAGAAACUGGGGCUGCAGGAGAGUGUCUCAGCACUAACAGAGUGCUCUGAAAAGCUGAAAGUGGAGGUGCAGACUCUGCGUGACCAGCAGAGGGCAGACAAGGUCCACUUUAAGAAGAUGGAGGCAGACCUCCAGAGAGAGCUGCAAGGAGCCUUUGAGGAAACCGCUAAGCUGACGGCCCUGCUGGACGGGAAGGUUCCUAGAAGUCUGACUGACAACAUCGAGUUGGAACGUCAGGUGUCCAGGUUGAAGAAGGAGCUGGAGCUGGCCCAGGAGGAGGUGAAGGAGCUGAGCAUCUUCCGGGAACUCCCUGUCAAGGUGGAGCAACUGAUGCAGCAGAUCGGCGACCUUACCCAGGAUCUGUGCUCCUGCCGAGCUGAGAAGGAGGCGCUGGUGGCUGCGCGGGAGACCAGCGACGCGAAUGUUCAGAAGCUGAUCGAGGAUCUGCAGCAGGCCCAGGUUGGGCUAGAACGUGCAGUGGACACAGAGGCUGAGCUUGGAACAAUUCGCGCUGAUGCACAACACUGGGCCCGGGAGAAGGAGCAGAUUCUUGAAUCAUUGGAGAGCCUCAAGCAGGAGGCGCAGCAAAGGCAAGAGGGUGAAAGUUCACUGAAGCACAAACUAGCUGAACAGCAGCAGCUGGUGACGGACCUGCAAAUUAUUCUGACUGAAUCCCAAGAGACCAGCAAAAGAAACCAGCAGGCCUUCGAGCAGAAGUCCGAUCAGCUCCAGAAGAAGGGUCAACAAUUAGAGGAGGAGCUGGAAGAAUUGAAAGCAGAGAGGAGCCAGCUGAGGAGGGACCUUGAGGAAAAUGCCCAGCUGGUACAGCAUCGAAUUGAAGAGUUUGAGGAACUGAGAUCUGAGAGAGAUCAGCUGAAGGGUGAUCUACAGGAAAAUGUGGAGAUGAUGAUUGAGAACCAGGAGGAGCUGAGGGUGGCUCAGGAGAAGAUCAGAGGCCAGCAGAAAUGCAUUCAGGACUUGGAGACUCAGAUUGGAGAAAUGAAGUCCCAGCUGAUGCGCAGCAGCACAGUUGGAAGCUUGUCUAAUGUUGAAGACCUGAAGGGCCAGAUCCAGCAGCUAGAUGAGGAGCUACAGCUGGUACAAAGUGAGAGAGACACUCUCCUGUCUGAGAGGACAGACUCUGCUCAGGGCCUGGAGGAGAAGCUGGAGAAGCUACAUUUACAGGUGACGUCCAUCACUCAGGAGAGAGACCAACUCCAGGAGGUACUGGAGGCUCUAAGAGAAGAGAGGAACCAGCUUAAGAAGGAUCUACAGGAGAAUCUGCAGGAGGCUAUAAAGGUGCAGGAUGCCCUGAAGCUGCAGCAGAUCCAAAGUGAAGAAGCUCAGGCACAGUUUCAGCUGCAGGUACAGCAGCAAGCUGAGGACAUGGAGAGGUUAAAAUCAGAGAGAGGCUGCCUGGAAGAUGAUCUGCAGAAACAUGUAGAGAAGAUCCAGCAGCUGGGUGAGGAGCUACAGCUGGUACAAAGUGAGAGAGACGCUCUCCUGUCUGAAAGGACAGACUGUGCUCAGGGACUGGAGGAGAAGCUGGAGAAGCUACAUUCACAGGUGACGUCCAUCACUCAGGAGAGAGACCAACUCCAGGAGAUGCUGGAAGGUGUGAGAGAAGAGAGGAACCAGCUGAAGAAUGAUAUACAAGAGAACAUAGAAAUGCUAAUAAUGGUCCAAGAAGAGCUAAGACAGCAGCAGCAGUUGACCUCAGAUCUGCAGGCCCAGGCUUUACAGAGGGAGACCCAGCAGUCACCGCAGCAAAGUGAAGAGCUGGAUGGCUGGAGAGCAGAGAGGAACCAGCUUAAGAGGGAUCUCCAGGAGAAUGUGGAGAUGAUGAUUGAGAACCAGGAGGAGCUGAGGGUGGCUCAGGAGAAGAUCAGAGACCAGCAGUCCACCAUUAAGGGCUUGGAGACUCGGAUUGUGAAGAUGCGGUCACAGCUGAUUGAUGUUGAUGCUGAGAGCAGAUCUCAGAAUGACACAGAAUUGAAGGACCUGAUCCAGCAGCUAAGUGAGGAGCUACAGCUGGUACAAAAUGAUAGAGACGCUCUCCUAUCUCAGAGGAAAGACUCUGCUCAGAAGCUGGAGGAGAAGCUGGAGAACCUACAUUCACAGGUGACGUCCAUCACUCAGGAGAGAGACCAACUCCAGGAGAUACUGGAAGGUGUGAGAGAAGAGAGGAACCAGCUGAAGAAUAAUGUAGAGGAGAAUGUCAUGAGGAUCCAGCAACUUGGUGUAGAACUGCAAGUAAUGCAGUGUGAGAGAGACUCUCUUCUGGCUGCGGGAGCAGACCCUGCUCAGGGAGUGGAGAAGCUACAUUCACAGGUGACAUCCAUCACUCUGGAGAGAGACCAACUCCAGGAGAUUCUGGAGGCUCUGAGAGAGGAACGGAACCAGCUGAAGAAUGAUGUAGAGGAGAGUGUCAUGAGGGUCCAGCAACUUGGUAUAGAGCUGCAGGUCAUGCAGAGUGAGAGAGACACUCUCCUGUCUGAGAGGACAGACUCUGCUCAGGGAGUGGAGAAGCUACAUGCACAGGUGACAUCCAUCACUCAGGAGAGAGACCAACUCCAGGAGGUACUGGAGGCUCUAGGAGAAGAGAGGAACCAGCUUAAGAAGGAUCUACAGGAGAAUCUGCAGAAGGCUAUAAAGGUGCAGGAUGCCCUGAAGCUGCAGCAGAUCCAAAGUGAAGAAGCUCAGGCACAGUUUCAGCUGCAGGUACAGCAGCAAGCUGAGGACAUGGAGAGGUUAAAAUCAGAGAGAGGCUGCCUGGAAGAUGAUCUGCAGAAACAUGUAGAGAAGAUCCAGCAGCUGGGUGAGGAGCUACAGCUGGUACAAAGUGAGAGAGACGCUCUCCUGUCUGAAAGGACAGACUGUGCUCAGGGACUGGAGGAGAAGCUGGAGAAGCUACAUUCACAGGUGACGUCCAUCACUCAGGAGAGAGACCAACUCCAGGAGAUGCUGGAAGGUGUGAGAGAAGAGAGGAACCAGCUGAAGAAUGGUGUGGAGGAAAAUGUUGUGAGGAUCCAGCAACUUGGUGUAGAGCUGCAGGUUAUGCAGAGUGAGAGAGACUCUCUUCUGUCUGAGAGGACAGACUCUGCUCAGGGAGUGGAGAAGCUACAUUCACAGGUGACAUCCAUCACUCAGGAGAGAGACCAACUCCAGGAGGUACUGGAGGCUCUGAGAGAGGAGAGGAACCAGCUGAAGAAUGAUCUACAGGACAGCUUGGAGAAGGUCCUGAAGUUCCAGGAUGAGCUGCAACAUCAGAAGACUUUAAAAGAAGCUCACACUGAACUGCAGCUGCAGGUGAAGCGGCAGUCUGUAGAGCUGGAUGCAUUGAGAGAGGAGCGGACACAGAUGAAGCGUGACCUGCAGGAGAACAUUGAGGCGGUUGCACAGGCUGAGGAGGAACUCCAACAGCAGAAGACCCAAAAUGAGGAAGCGCAGACCAUCCUCCAGCUGAAGGUAAAGCAGCUGGAAGAAGAACUGGAGGGAGAAAGACAAGAAGUGAGACGAUUCAAGAAGCUGCUGGAUGAGGCUUCUGCCAAGCUUCUCCCGGAGACGAGUCAGAGAAGGAGUGCAGCUGAGGAGUCCAGGCCGCUUCUUUAUAGGAGACUCGAGGAAUCCGAGAGCCUCCUGCAGGGUCUGCUCGAUCGCUGCCAACUCCUCCGGGAGCAGGCUCUGGGGGCCAGUACUGAGCUGAUGGCCCAGCUGGAUGAGUCCUCGCUGGUGCAGAAUGAGCUCAUCUUCCGCACACUGCUUUCCAUCCCCAAAGCCACACGGCAGAUCUACGGGAACUUCCGCAAGAACACAGAUCACAUCAGUGGUUUUGUCUGCCACACUGCGGGGGUGUAUGGUGACCUGGCUGCAGUACACAGACAGCAGUUUGAGGCUCAAGCUCGUCACGACCUGGCCUGCAUGGAGGAGAUGUGUCUGCAGGAUCUGCUGCUCCAGCGAGUCCAGGGCCCGGCACCCAUUCGGGGCCCGGCUGUGCUGCAGCUGCAGGAUUUGUGGGACCAGCGUGCAUCUGAGCUACUGGAGAAGAGGCAGGGCUACAUACAGAAGCUGCAGAGUAUUCUUGGAGACCUGGAGUCGGGUUUGGCCCAGAACUCCGCCUCUGUCCAACCGGAGCUGGCGGAGCAGCGGCGCACCAAUGAGGAGCUGCGGCCGCUGUGCGAUGGCCCCGCCCCCGACUCGGAGGCACUGGAACACCUGCUGCAGCGUGAGCUGUCCAGGCGAGCGGCAGCCUUGCAGCCCAGGAAGGAGCUCUACCAGCGCCUGCAGGCAGAGUACUUCCAGGCUGAUACUGGGCUGCAGGUGUUCAAGGCCGAUGCACAGCGUCAGCUGAUGAAAUAUUGGGGGUCGCAGCUCAGCCCUGCUACAGUCCAUACAGACAGACCUCACGGGCGCACAGACGGACGGCACAGGCAGCCUGCAGAACUACCCCCAGCUGGUUGUCCAGCUGCAGUCCUGCAGGCCCGUCUGAAGCCCCUUGAGGAGAAUCAUGAGGCUGCCUGUGACAAAGCCUCCAAACUGGCGCAGAAGGUCCUCGUGCUCAAGCAGCUGCUCCAGGACGUGCAAACCCAGCUUGAGGAGCGACAGAAGGCUGUCGAAAGCCUGGAGAAGCAGCUCCAGGCCCAGGUGAGGAAGGGCGUAGCCCCCGGUACGGAGGAGCUUGAGGAGAUGAAGGCGAAGCUGUUCAGAAUGGAGCUGGAGCAGAGUGCGCAGGCCAGCAGCUACCAGGAGAAGGUUUCCACGAUGACGGCGCUGCUGGAUCACAAAGAGGAUACCCUCAGGAAGCUGAAGGAGAUGCUGAGAAAGGUGCAAAACCAAGGAGAUGAGUCCUUCAUUGCAGGGGGGCUGCCCAGUGCCAAGGUGUCGAGUGGAGCCGGUGCUGCCCGCCUGGUCCAGAGCACUGCGCAGCUGGAGCGAGCCAAGCUGGAGAGUGACAUGAAGCACUUGCAGCUGGAGGUAGAGAGAUUGGAGAGCCUGGUUUCCAGCCAGAAGGAGGACAUCACCAAGUGGAAGGGGCGUGCCAUGCGGCUAAAGGAGACCCAGCGUGAUCUGAAGAGGCAGGAGCGGCCAUCCCCUGCCCCCCUCACCCCCUCCAAAAGGGGCCUGCUGGCUGAUACUGACGCCCCCUCCCCCAUAAAGAAGCCGGCUGACAGGAGCGGCCUCCCCGGGCAUGAGGAAGGCAACAGCACGGCGCCCCCUUCAGGUAUGGUGGCAGUACUGACGCUGUUUGAGGACCGACUGGCCGGGAGAGCAUCAGCGUUGCUGUGCUGUGUUUGCCAGCCGAGUCGGAUCCGGAGUCGGACCCGGACCCGAAGUCGGACCUGGCGACCGCUCUGUCCCCCCCCAGCCCCGACCCAAGUCCUCAGAUGGGACCUGGCAGCCCGACAGAAAAGUGCAAAGAUUGGUGGCCGAUGUCCCCCAGCCAGGCCGACAACUGCAAGGCUCAGUGAGGAGCCCCUCUCCGCGUUUCUUUGUUUGAUCUGUUCUUAAUAAAAUGGUAAUAAAGGUUUUUUCUACUGUAUUUUA